AUGGCUGCCGCUCGAGUCCUCAGGAGACUUCGCGCCCUGCAGCCGGUCGUGCAGGCGCCGCCGCUGUUUCUGCGCGCUUCGCAGGGGGCAGCCCGGAGCGGCGUCUGCCUUGGCCCCCGAGCUGCGCACACCGACACCGGCGGUAGUUGCUCGGAGCUGGCUGGGUGGCAGAGGGGUGCGGGGUGGGGGUUGCGUCUCCCUACGGGGCUUCCCGGCCUCACGGGGAGGGAGCGGGGGGUGCGGUGCUCCUUCUGUUGCUGCUCGGAGGCAGCUCGGGGCGAUUGUUCUGGUGCUCCUUAUGCAUGACUUAAGAGUUGAUUUAAUUAUAGCAACAGCAAAUUACCCGGGUUUAUUCGUUAGGGAGACGAGUUGCAGUGCAAAGGAAGGACAACGUGUGCGUGUGCGCAGAGCAAAACAAAGUGGGAAUGGGUGGUAUCAUCUUGAAGUGGUAAAAUAGGCUAUACAGUGGUACCUCGGGAUGCGAACGGGAUCCGUUCUGGAGCCCCGUUCACAUCCUGAAGUGAACGUAACAAGCGACGAUGUGUGACAUCAUUUUGAGCGUCUGCGCAUGCGCAAGCGGCGAAACCCGGAAGUAACACGUUCCGUUACUUCCAGGUUGCCGCAGAGCGCAACUUGAACGCACUCAACCUGAAGCACAUUCAACCCGAGGUAUGACUGUACUACUUGAGACUACAGGUCAUACCAGUGUGAUUUUAAAAACUACAUUUUUUUAAUUUUUACAGGUAUAAAAUUAGCACCACAGAGGCUAGAUGGUAUAUUACAUCGGUGUAUUAGAAGUUUUUGGUUCGUUUAUUUACUUGCACAGAUUAUUAUUAUUCUUAAGUAUGAGAGCACUCAGACCCAGUACUUCACUUGUCACUUGCAGCCCCGAGUGGUUCAAAUCACCCCAACAUCUCAUUCUGCUGCUUGGGUAGAUCAGGCCUCUGUUUAGUCACACAAUUGCAUUGUUUCACUGAUACAGUCCCAGGAAUGGGCCUCGUUUUGUCCUUUUGCAUUCUGGGAGAGCCAGAAUGGGCACCAGUUCCUGAAUAUUUGGAUGUGGACCAUGGAGUGCCAAGCUUGUUUUUAAUUGCCCAUUAAGUCACUUGGGCAAAUAACUAUAUUUCAGACUCAGUUUUUCCAUUUGCAAAAUGAAGGCAACUGUAAUAUACUUCAUUGUGUUUUAAUGAGGGCAAGCAAGAUGGUGUGUAAAUAAUGUUUUUAAAUAGAUUCCCUCAUCCUCUUUUCAUUGUGCCAGUUCCAGGCUAUCAUAGUCUGAGGAUUUUACCGCUUUGGUGAUCUGUUGGCCCUGAAAUACUAGCCAUCACUAGGCAGUUUCCCAUCCACCAGGACUAAGCUGGGCUAUCCAUCACACUGGAUCCCUUUCUGGCACUGCAACACACCAUCCUGACAAGUUAGAAUUGUGCUCUUAACUUUGCCAAAUGCUGCUGGUGUGCAACAUGCCAGGCAGCUUAAUAUGCUUAGUUCAAUCAGGCACACUAGCCAAGCUCUGCGACAGAUGCAGGUCAGUUUGCGAGCUUGCAAGUAAAUUUGUGUGCACCAGGAAGAGGGGAAAUGGUGGUUUAGAAGCAACCUGUGUGUUGCAGGAUUGAUGAGGCCUCUGGGAGAUGGAAGAGCUGUCAAUUCGUCAAGGCUGAUAUGAUGUUUAUUUGAAACCAUUUUCUUUACAAAGAUUCCCCACCCCUUUAACUGUAUGCAAUAUCUUUUUUAUUGUUCUCAAGGCCCCAUUAAACAACUCCUCCAUGAAUAUGAGCCUUUGACCGUUUCCUAGUAAAUGCCACCACUGUGGAGUGACGCUUCUCUCUCAGCAGCUGUUCUAAGCGCCUUGUAUUUCAGCAACUUGUCAGCUGUAAUUGCAGGCCUCCAUGUAUCGCCUUCUCUUGGCUCUGGAUGUAAUUACUGUUCGCCUUCUGGUGCAAUCUGGCAUAUAGAAAUUUCUUCUGUGCACAGUGGCUUAUACCUGUUGGUUGAAUUUCUUGUUCUUCCACCUUUCUAGAUAAAGAUGUGGGUUCUUUGACAAGAUACGAUGAGUCAAGUGUUACCACUGACUGGCAAAAGAAGUUGACUCCUGAGCAGUUUUAUGUCACCAGGGAAAAAGGAACUGAACUGGUAAGCCAGGAGUUGUAAUAGUUUCCAAGCAGGUGAAAUGUAUAUUCAACGUAGACAUACAUUGCAUAACUGUUCCUUAAUUUGGCAGAGUUUUGGCUCUGUUCAGGAUCUCAACCAGGAACCCCCAAGUAGAAUCAAUCCCAGGGUGGCUUGCAUUUGGCAACAAAUGUAAACAGUGCUGCAUGCAAGCCCUGCUGCCACUUGAGCACUCCUAAUGAUUCAUUGGCAGCUGGGGCUUUACCUCUCCUGCACUUGAUGUCCUAGACCUAGGACAUCAGAUGAGUGACAGGUGGGCAGGGCUGGCUGAAAACAGCCAUGCAAGUCAAAUUUGCCGGACUGGCAGGCCUAAUUUUUUCCUGCAGGCUGAAAGUACCCCACCUCUAAUAGAUGAAAUAGAUAGACCUCUUCUUCUUACAUGACUAAGUCCAUUUUUAAAGGCAUCAUCACAAAUUGUGGCAGGAAUAAUAAUUAUAAUAAUAAUAAUUUAUUAUUUACAGUAUACCCUGCCCAUCUGGCUGGGUUUCCCCAGCCACUCUGGGCGGCUUCCAACCAAAUAUUAAAAACACAUUAUAGCGUUAUAGGAAAUCCUAUAAAGUUCCGUGAAGAAUUACUUCUCUUUAUCCAUCCUAAACUGAUUGCAGUGAUGAGCACAGAUUCUGUCUGUUUAGACAAGAGUGAUGUUGGGUGCUGUAAAUGUGUGAUGACCACAUACCUGAACCUGUAAGAUUCUGCUCCUUGGUUUGGUUACCCCCAGGAGAGUAAAAGGUGGGAAUGAAACUUCUCAGGGUGACAAAGAACAUGCAGGUUGAAUAUCCAUGUUACACUGGAAGUUCCCACAUAUGAGCCUGCUUGAUGUUUGGUUUUGCAAGCUGACUUGGAGGUGGAGGGUGGGAAAGAUGGCUAAGAAUUAGAAUAUUAACAAUGCAUGUUUGAAGCCUUUUAGUGGAAUCCAUCUGACUAACACAGAGCCUGGGAUGUACCACUGCAUAUGCUGCAAUGCUGUGCUGUUCAGGUAGGAGUCUAAUUGCAAUAUACUUUUUUCAAAUUUACAUGUGUGUGUAUGUCUGACUCUCGCUGGAGCUCAGGUACAUAAUGCUUUCCCUUCACAACAAACUAGUGAGGGUACGGUAGGCUGAGAGAGCAACUGGUCCAAAGUCACCCAUUGAGCUUCACGGCUGUGCCUGAAUUUGAACCUGGGCUGCCCAGCUCUAAGGGUGCAGUGAGGAGACCCUGAUUCAGUUCAGGGCUGCGACACUGGAGGAGGACAGGUUAAGUUUCCCCACUGCAAAAUAUUACCAGUUAAAAUUCCCCCAACACUGCUAUUAGUCCAUUCAGGGAGAGAGCCUUUUCAGUCAUCUCCCCACUUACAGAAUACAGAAUAGGGCUCACCUGGCACUAGCAUUAAUAUAUUUUAGUGUCAGGCUAAAACUUUCCUAUACUGCCAGGCAUUUGACUUUGCAUAAUAUUAGCGGAUUAAGUUUUGAUUGGACAUCUAUUGAUUGGUUUUUGUGUCAGUGGUGACCAGGCACUCUUUUUUUGUCUGGUGGGUGUUGUUUUUUACUGUUUACAUUGUUGUAUUGUCUAAUUCUUUUAUACGUUUGUAUGUUCUUUGUAAGAUCCAUGAGAUUAUUUUUGUAGAAAGCAAUUAAAAUUUAGUAAAUAAUAAUAAUCAUACUGUGAUCUAUGUAGGAUAAGACCCUGGAAAUUGUCUCGAACAAGGAUAGUUAAAGCGGUGCUCUCCAAAUGCCUUGGACUCUAAUGUCAAACAGUCCCUACCAGCACAGGCAAUAGUCACGGAUGAUGGAAGUUGUAGUCCACAACAUCUGGACACCCCCAGGUUGGCUUCCUCUAGUCUGGAACCUUUAACUAGUGCAGAAUUCUCCCUUUUGACUGCAGGGAGCAGUAGAAAGCACAAUAGAUUGCUAUCUCCCAUCGGCUCUGACUGCUUAGGUAUUUGGGGGCCUGGUCUGAGCUGCUGGAUAUUAUUACCUGUUCUUGCAGCCUGCUGCAAGUAGAAAUAAGACCCACAUUCAGAUUAUUGGAAGGAGUCUCCCCCCUAGCUGUAUUGUGUUUACUGCUGAACUGUAGGCAAAAGCAAGAGCUGCCCCUUGAGAAGCAUCCUAAUCUCUGAGCAUGCAAAGUGUUUCUGCAGGGUAUGUAGGUUACUGCUUUCUCCUAUGAAGAAUUCACUAAGGAUUAGGAAUACAUGGAACAUAAGCCUCAGGUUUUAUAGAUAGCAAAUCACAGAAUUUUAAUGGAACAUCAAACCUCAGCCCAGUCAUAAAAUUAUAGGCAAGGGUCAUACUUCUUAAAAUCAUCUCAACUACAUUUGGGACAGCUAAAAUGCAGAUCAAAGUAAACAACAUAUGUUGAAGGAAUGGUGUAUUAAGAGCUAAUCUAACACAUAUGUUUGGGGAAUGUCCAUUUAUCCACAAAUGCUCUGGUGAACUACUUCAAAGAACAAAUAGAAUUUUGAGCAGCAGCAUUUUGGUGGCUACUAACAUGUUUCUAGCAGACUAAGUGACGUACUUAUAAAUAAACCGCACAGGGAUAUUUGUGGUGAGGAGCUAUUUUAAUAGGGCAGAAAAUUGGCAAGGUUGUUGGGGUUUUUUUUUACAGUAAGAAAAUGUAGACCUGAUGUAGAAGACACAGCGAACAAGACAAUUUUAAACACCUGUUUGAAAAGCCAUAGUCAAUGGAGAGAGUAUAAUUGCACUGGUCCCAAUCCAGUGAUAGUUCUCAUGCAGCAAUGAGCUGUUCCCACUGCUUUACAUAAGAAGAGCCUGCAGGAUCAGGCCGGUGGCCCAUCUAGUCCUGCAGCCUGUUCUCAUAGCGGCCGACCAGAUGCCAUGCAGAACACCCACAAGCAGGAUCUGAGCGCAGCAACACUCUCCUCUCCCUCAGUUUCCAGCAACUGCCAUUCAGAAACAUUACUGCUCCUGACUUCCUUUGCAUAAGAAAUCUCUACUCUUGUGCACAAGCCCUGUUUAACCCUUAAAUUGCACACUGAAUGAUCCCUGCUGUUGCACUUUCAGUAGUUCAAAGUGGAUCUCUGGCAUACUUGUGAGCCUCUCUUCCCUGCAUUUACAUUGUAAGAUGGAAAAACAGCAAGGAGUCCCUCUUGUGGCACUUUCAAAGACUAACACAUUUACUGUGGCCUAGGGUGUGUUUUUUUUGAACUAGAGUUCACUUCAGGUCCGCCUUUCUUAGAAGAUUUGUUUUUAUAUGCUUUUUACUGUUUUGUUGGUUUUAGGCUCUGUAAUGGCAUUGUCUGUUUUCAUAUUAUACACUACUUAUAAAAAUUUUAAAUAGUAAGUAGUUUAUAAAUGUUUUUCGAUAAAUGAAGAUGGUGAAAGAGACUCUUUUCACAUGGGUGUCUACUUUCUCUGCUUUUCUUUCUUUGGUUUUAGAACAGUGCUGAUUUUGCCUAGUUUGUACACCUUGAUCCAGGAGUUUGCAAGUGUGGCUGGACUAGGCAUAUCAGACAGAUUUUUACAAAGUUCCUACUUAAUCAGGCUACAACUAAAAUGUAUAUGUCUGAUUGAAACAGGACACAAUUUCCCACCUGAAUGUUUCUUGAUAGAUCCAUAUUUCUGAAAGUAUGAAGAAUACAUAUUUUGUUAUUAUUAAAAGAAUACAUUUUAUUUUGUUAAACCAUGGUUGCUAAAAAUGUAAAUGUCUAUGUUUAAUUGGAAGACAUAGACAUGUUUUGUUUGUUUCUUUGAACUUUUCAUGUGUCCUGUUCCUUAAAGGCAUAUGUGGGCAACAGCAUGAAUAUUCAUGUGUAAGUCUUCCUGAGCUCAGUGGUGCUUAUUCCUAUGCAAGUGGGUACAGGAUUGGAGCCUCAGAAACUUUGGACACAGUCCAGUCAAAGCUGCACAGGCUUAAGGCUCACUCACUAACAAAUACACCCAAUAGAAAUCUGUUGUACUAACUUAUGAGUUACUAUGCUUAGUUCAUGCUGUGGUUCACUGGUUUUCAUGGAGAAAUCAAGCAUAGGGUUAAAGUCUUCUCUGAAAUCAAUGGGCUACAGAAGUCCUUAGUUUUUGGUUGAAUUGCUCUCCCUCCUUCAUCUAUUUAUUAAAAACAACAACACAUGGGCUAUAAAUAAUCCUGGGACUCAGCUAGAUUUAUAUGUGAUAUAACAUUGUGCCACCAGAUGGUGAUGUGGAGUCCCGUUUUUCUCUACCUGUUUUCCCUGUUUAAAUUUACAAUGCUUUCAACAAAAAUGCUUCUAUGAUGUGUCUAAAUCCAGCCCUAAUUAUUUCCAUACUGAACAUCUAUUUAAAAGCAAAACUUCAUCUUUUUAGCCUUCCAUUUAAGGAUAUUCACAUGUUAUACAAGAUUGCCUUUUUAAUAAUGCAGUUAUGGUUGUCAGCAUUUUCAUCCACCUGCCUACCCCCCCUAAUAUUAUUAAGAGGGUCUCUUCUCCAGUCUUCAGAGAGUAGCUGGAAGUGGGGAGGCAGAAAAAGGUCCUCCUUUCCUUCCACUCUGCAGUUUUAAUCUGAAAUCUUAGGCACAGUACUGUGUCAGAAACUGCUUGCGCUAAUGAAAUUCCCUGUUGCAAAAUGCACUUAGAACAAUGGGAGUUUUGAACACUACUACUGCCAUCUUUGGGGUGGGGAGAAAAGAACAAGAUAAAAAGGCAAUGUUAUUUGGGAAAGCAACAUCCCUCUCCAAGCUACUUUCUUGCUCGUAGGUGAGAGAUAAAUUUAGUGAUAGACUCCAUGCAUCUAUCUAUCUAUCUAUCUAUCUAUCUAUCUAUCUAUCUAUCUCAUCCUCUGUGUGUGCACGUGCGUGCGUGCAUGCAUGUGUGUGCGUGCGUGCACCACAACCCUUCAUUAAUAUGCAACUUUGCUGUCCUUUAUAGCUCAGAAACAAAGUAUGAUUCUGGCACAGGGUGGCCAUCCUUUUCAGAAGCAUAUGGGACACAUGGCACAGAUGAAAGCAAUACUAAUAUCUUGAGACGUCCUGAUAAUUCACUAGGAACAAGCAGCACGGAAGUCAUCUGCAAACAGGUACACCUACCUUAAAGAAAGCAUAUAAAGUUCCUUAAAUGCAAGUCUCUUAUUCUAUAUGUGUCACAAAAAACGAAGUGUAGCCGCAUUAACACAACUAAAUACACUUUCAUGAAUCAUGAAAUUAGCCCCAGGUAGUGGACCUAAUGUAUGAACUUCUGGGGCAAAUCUAUAAAGGUAAAGGACCCCUGACAGUUAAGUCCAGUCGCAGACGGCUCUGGGGUUGCAGCUCUCAUCUCGCUUUACAGGCCGAGGGAGCCAGCAUUUGUCCGCAGACACUUUUUCCAGGUCAUGUGGCCAUCAUGACUAAGCUGCUUCUGGCAAAACCAGAGCAGCACACGGAAAUGCCGUUUACCUUCCCACUGGACCGGUACCUAUUUAUCUAUUUGCGCUUGAUGUGCUUUCGAACUGCUAGGUUGGCAGGAGCUGGGACCAAGCAAUGGGAGCUUACCCUGUUGCGGGGAUUCAAACCGCCGACCUUCUGAUCGGCAAGCCCAAGAAGCUCAGUGGUUUAGACCACUACAACACAAUCCUACACAACAUUAAUGGUCUCAUUAAAUCGAGUAGGACUUACUUCUGAGUUGACAUGCAUAGGAUUUUGCCGCACUCUGGUGCACAUUUCCAAUGGGAAUAAGCCCGGUUAAAUACAACAAUAUUUACCUCUGAGUAAAUAUGCAAAGGAUCAGGCUGCACAUGUGAGACAGUUGUAUGAUGAGUAAGGAAAGCUGACCUUACAAAAGUUGAAGUAAAAUUUAUAGAUCUGCCCCUUGAGUGAUUAAACUCAUGGAAUCUGCAUCAGAAGUCCCAGUGGAUUUCCUGACUGACUCACAAAUUUAACAAUGGUACUGUAUUCUGAUUGGAAUGAGGGCAUUCUCCCCCCCAUACUAUUAAUUAAUACUGAUUUUAAAGUGGUAUUCUCAAUAAGAAUGGUUUUUUUUUGGCAUAUAAAACCAUCUUAUUAGCACUAAGGUAUCUUUUCCACAGAAAGCUUACCCAGGAGAGGCCACACUUUACACCUGGGGCAUUUGCAUGCAUGCAAAUGUGAGCACACUAAAAUGAGUGGGCUUCGGAAGUUGGCUCUAAACACAGAAGGUAUUGCUUAUAUGGCAGUUGCAGACUUAAUUGGCCCCUUUGGCUAUGAAAUCAGACUGUUUAAUUUAUGUAGAUACGCUUUAAUUUAAAGAACUGGCACUGCAACUAAGUCUGUUAUUCUCUUGCAGUGCGAUGCCCAUCUGGGCCAUGUGUUCGGCGAUGGUCCCGAGCCAUCUGGGCAGAGGUUCUGCAUCAACAGUGUUGCAUUAACAUUUAAACCAAGCUCCAAGCAGUGA